AUGUCGGAGGAUGGUGCUUCUGGCGUUCUUGACCCAUGUGAGCCUAGAGCUCUGCGGUUUUGUUGGCUCUUGGACCGCCAAAAUGACAGCGAGAAAGCACAGCCAACGAGCGUGGGGGUCCAUGCGGUUGACCCAGCCGCAGCCGCAGCGUUGGGUUCUGUGUCAUCUGCAAUGAGCAUUUUUGAUUUCGUGGGUAAGCGGAUGGCAUGGUUUGAGACACAAUUUGCCGAAGUCCCACUGCUGGCAAGGCUGUCGCCAGCCACAAAAGUCAAAGAUCAUGCCGAGAGAUUGCUGAACGUGAUGCGGUCACAGCAAACCAUCAUCCCGCAAGUAGUAGAACUACCUGAACAGCCAGUCGAAGGUACUGGCUUCCAGCGGUUGAUGAUAACAGUGUUGAACGAAAACCGAACAGGUGGUCUCUCUGCUGUGCAUGCCGAGCCGGGGGUCGGCAAGUCUGUCGCCGCAGCACUGGCACUUCGGAAUUGA